AUGGCCUUUCCCAAGCUUCCCGCCAAAGCAGCGUACAUCCACCUCAACAACCCCAGGAAGCGCAACGCACUCAGCAUAGCCGUCCUGCGGGAUCUCCGCUCCCAGCUCCAUCGCCACCUCACCUCGCCAAAGACAGGCAACCUGCUGCUUCUCCCACCGUUCAGGCGAGAGACGCUCGAUCAGCUAAAGAUACAAAAUAACAAGCAUAGCCCAUUCAAAUGGCUCACGGACAGCGUCGCCUGGCGUGAGGAGCGCGAGGGCCUGCCGAAUGUGCUAGUCCUCCGCAGCGAGGGGCCCGUCUUCAGCGCAGGCCACGACCUGUCGGAGCUGCAGCACGCCUCGCCCGCCGAGGCCAAGGAGACGUUUGCGCUCUGCGCCGAGGUCAUGACCCUCAUCAGAAGGUCGCCCGCGCCCGUUGUUUGCCCCGUCCAGGGCCUCGCCACCGCCGCCGGGUUCCAGCUCGCGAUGACGGCCGAUUACCCCAUCGCGCUGGGAAGCACAACGUUCCAGCUCCCGGGGAUGCGAAUCGGCCUGCCCUGCACCAGUCCCGCGACGGCUGUCUCUCGCCGCCUGCCGCCCGGUCUUGCGUACAGGCUGUUUGCAACGGGCGAGAAUAUUUCUGCGCAUGAGCUGGGCAGUGGAGUACUGGACGUUGUACCCGUACCAGAGCACGCCGAGUCUACUGACACCGCCGCCCUCGCCUUCGAAGCGAGGGUGGAGGCUGUGGUGAAGAGGCUUGCGGAAGAGACAGCGGGGCAGCCGCAGGCCUUUGGGAAGUGGGCUUACUGGGCACAGUUAGGGUUCAAAAACGACGGUGCAGAGGAUGGCGGAGACGGUUACGAGGUUGCUGCGAAAUGGGCGGGAAAUGUCAUGGCGAUGCAUGCGCAGAGUGAGGACGCCAAGGAAGGAAUGAGAGCUUUCACGGAAAAGAGAACACCUGAGUGGAAGACAUAA